AUGUCUAUGAGAGCUGUUUACCAGUCGCUGCUUAGCUAUCCGCACGUUUCUAACCUGAUUGUGUGUUUGUUCUUGUUUGCCGCAGAGAUCAACAGAGUUCGCAAGGACAUGUACAGUGACUCGGUGAAUGGCCUGGUGGGUAAACAGCCCCUGGACCUGCCGGAGCCAAACGGCACCAUCAUCCACCAGCAGGAGAAACUCUUUGUGCCCGUCAAAGAAUACCCCGACUAUAACUUCGUGGGGAGAAUUCUCGGACCCCGAGGGCUGACCACCAAGCAGUUGGAGGCGGAGACCGGAUGCAAAAUCAUGGUGCGAGGCAAGAGCUCCAUGAGGGAUAAGAAGAAGGAGGAACAGAACCGCGGGAAACCAAACUGGGAGCACCUCAACGAAGACCUCCACGUGCUGAUCACGGUAGAGGACACACAGGCCAGAGCAGAGAUCAAGAUGAAGAGAGCCAUGGAGGAGGUCAAGAAGCUCCUGGUGCCUGCUGCGGAAGGCGAGGACAAUCUGAAGAAGAUGCAGCUGAUGGAGCUGGCCAUUCUCAACGGGACGUAUAGAGACACCAACCUUAAGACUCCCGCGGCGGCGGCCGCUCAGGGCACCCGCCUCAUAGCCGGGCCCCCGGGCCAAGGCAUGCCCCCCCAGGGCAUGCGGCCCCCCACGCCGGGCGGCCCCCCGCUCAUGAACCUCAUCCGGCCCCAGAUGACGGCCAUCAUGCCCAACGGGACCCCCACCCUGGUGCCCCCGUCCCCCGACGGCGGCAUCAUCUACACCACGCCGUACGACUACCCCUACACCCUGGCGCCCACCUCUUUGCUGGAGUACCCCAUCGACCACAGUGGGGUCCUAGGUAAGAGGCCCUGGGGCAGCAUGGGUGCGGCGCCAGGCUUUAGCCAGCCCGGACAGGAGGGCUUGUUUUACCCCGGAGGGGUGCUGGACGCGGCUUCAAUGAGCCACAAUCAGGACUUGUUUAAAGUGAAUGGAGGUCUAACCUUUCGGACCUGUUACGAUCUAGGUGCAAUGGCUUCUAAAGUGAGACGGCAUGACUCUCGGGUCCAUCCUUACCAAAGGAUUGUGACCCCUGACAGAGCCGCCACCGGCAACUAACACAUGACCUUCUGACCUCUGAACUCUUCACCCAAUGACGAGCCGCCCCAAGCCUGCCUGCUGAUCAGUUAACUGGUAAUUGCCUUUUGCUAGCCCUCUCGGACGCAAGUGAGAGAGAGAGAGAGGAAUGGGGGAGAGAGAGAGAGAGGCACCUGCCCAUAGUUACCCUAAUCAUGUUUUGACAAAAGAAAACAAGAGAAAAAAGACACAGAAAUCUUCAGUGGAAAACGCCAACAUAUAACAACCCUAACCACCCAACACGUUCCCUGUGUGUCGAGUUAAAUUCCCCUUCUUUCUCUUUCUUUUUCCUCCAACCCCGGUGAGUCAUAUACUCGGGUGAACACAUAUUUUACUCAUAAGUCUGCACUGAAUUAUAUAGCAAUAAAGACCAGCACCCCCAAACGCUCACGCAAUUAGGUGACCUCACUCGGAUCCGAUUUCCCCCCCCCCCCCCCCCCCCCCCCCACACCACACCACACUGUUUUAUAAUGCCCCCCCCUCUGCACCCUAUUCCCUUUAAACAAACCCCCCACACCGCCCCUCGCUACUACACCCUACUCUGGAGAAAAAAGAAAUGGAUCGAAAGAGAACACACACUCACCAACAUGUUUAAUUUCUGUCAUUUCUGUUCACCAGUAGUGCUGUUGUUAUUUAGCUCUAAUGAUAUGCUGACACAUUCUGGGUGUGCCUCUCAAAAAAAAAAAAAAAAGAAAAAAAAAAAAAGACGGCCUGUCCUUGUUUUCUUUUGUUUUUGUUUUAAAAGCAUGGCUGAAAUGAUUGCAGUUGGAGCUUGUUUUUUUUAUUAUGAUUUCUGUGUCUCUGUUCUACUGCUCUUUUUGCUUUUAUUUGAAUUGUCCCAUAUUUUUUUUCCACUUGAUUUUGGUCUCUGCUGUUAAAAGUUUUUUAUUGUAAUCUUUUGGUUCCUCUGAAGGAUUAGCCCCAGACAUAAGGUGAUGGGUUCAACCUUUUAACAACACGCAAUCUAAUGUUGUGCUGUGCAGGGAGUCUUAGAGGCAGGGGGGGGUAGAGGGUGUGUUAACUAUAGUAUAGUGAGCGUAGGAGGUGUUAGCAGGGUCGCGGCCAUUGGAACAUAACCAUAACUACUUACGGACUAAUGCAACCCCCUCGACCCAAACAAGUUCCAUGAUAUAGUGCCUAAAUGAAACCGAGAAAAACAUCUAAUUUACGAGCUGUGAUCAAAUAGACAGAACAAGUAUUAUAUUAAGCGUGCGUAUUUAGCCAAAGGGUUUUUUUUUCCCUCAAAAAAAUAUAUCUCUCCAAUUCUGUUAUCUUCUCAAAGUUUUGUUUGAUGAUUUUUGCGUUUGUAAUGGUGUGCUGCCUGCAUUUUUAGUUUGAAUAGACAGUCGAGGGAGGAAAAGGUUUCCUGCCCUAUUUGCUCGAGUCUCUCCUGAAGGGACAAACAGGAAUUUAACACUAAGCCAAGACGCUACUUAGCAACAAGAUGUUUAUGGAUGGGUUGGGGAGGCUUAAGUUCUGUACAUACAAACUCUUUUUUUUAGAGUUCAGGCUAUUGUUUUAAGUUUUUGCAUCCACAACCACCACGCCAAAAGAGUUUUACUUUUUCCAAGUUUUCUUCCCGCUCCCCCCCCCCCUCCCAGACUUAAAAGUAAAUGAUGGGCUUGUUAACGGAUUUUCAGUUGUUUGGGUUGUAUAAUACCUUCAACUCCCUUGUUCCAGACACAUAAGGGUGGUCCAGUACCAGUCACCCUGUGUUAGUGAAAUCCAACAAAUUCACAAAUAUUUUAGUGACUUUCGUGCGUAUUUUCUUUUCAAUUUCCGAAACAAACCGACUGUCAGUAAGCGCAUCCACAAUGUGUCACACACCUCUGUGAUGAUAAUCCAUUUCCUUAAUAAUGUUUUCCCUUAACUUUUCAACAACAACAAAAAAAAUAGGAUGUGAAAGCCAUGCCUGCCUGUUUUGAAUUGCUUUAUACAUACCUGUUAAAUAUAUAUAAAAAUGUAGAUAACUGUCAUUGCAUAUACAAAUACAGAGGUGAACAAAAUUAGAUAAUUUUACAGGGUGCUGGAGAAGAGAAAAAUAAAUCUAUUUUUGGCAAAUUUAGCUUUUUAUACUUGCAGUUAAAAAAAUAAAAAAAAAUAAAAAAAAUGCUUAAAAGGUGUAGAGGGAACAUCCAAAAACACUGUCCAGGAAAGAACGCUGAGAUAAAAAAUAACAAGAGAUGUCAGAGGAAUGCUGUUACCCUUAAUAUUACUGGUGAGGGUAUGAAGACCAAAACUCAUACUGAGGGAAUUGGCAGGAUAUAAAAAGCCAAUGAGACAGACGCCCGGAGAGGAUUAAAGCGAUCAAUCAAAGUGCCUUAUCAACAGUUGUUUCAGUUCUUCAGAGUAUUACGAUCAUCUUCAAUAAUAUCCAGCACCAACCAGAAUGGCGCAGAGAAGGAUGACUUGUGUUAAAGGGGGGGUAUUUAUUCACUUAUUAAAUUUAAUUUGGGACCCAUCUUAAAAAUUAUUUUGAAAAUAUUUGAAAGGGAUGGGUUUCAUCAAAUUUUAAGCUUGAGGAUGACUGGUAGAUAUUUUACAGUUAUGCUUUUCCAUCACAGAAAAUUUGGAGACUGUUGUAUGGGAAAGCAAGAAUAUUAGAACGGCCUUGAGAAAAAAUUUACCUUUUAAACUGGAUGGCCGUUUUAAACUUGGUUGAAUACCCCCCUUUUAAGCGCUCCCGAGAGUUGUGCAGUGUAGCUCCAAAUAAGUUGGCACUAUAAGAGUUCUAUGCAAAAAGAAUUACCAGUCGAUGGACCAGCUGAAAUAUGUGCCAUGGGUUUGUCUUCCUGACCUUGUUUUUGAUAUUAAUUUAUUUUCUAUAUUUUACUGGCCCGUGUUAAUCAUGUGCGCUGUUGUCGUCCUCGUCUUUUGGUGGCUGUGACUUUCCUCGUCCCAAGAGCAGAUCCAACUGCCACAGUAGCACUGCAGGUCAGCCAGGCCCCGUUCUGAUCAUAAAAUGGAGAAAAAAGACGGAACAAACUAAAAAUCAAUCGUGGAAAACCACAAAGUUUGGUUGGCCCCUGACUUAGUGGAGGAAGCUUAAAGCCGGUUUCACACCGCCGUGCGGCAACUCGCCACCUCCAUUCAUUUGAAUGAGGGAAGGGCGGUAGCGGGGAGGCGUUUACAAAAGCAGCUGUUGACCAGGAAGCGGUUGCCGUCCACGUGACCGUGCACAGAUUUUGCCCUACCGCUCAGCUUUCCCCGUGUUGAAAACCUUCGGCGGCAGCAGCAUCCGCUUUUGAAUACGCCAUUCGACCCAUCGCGGUUGUAAGGGCGGUUGUAAGGGCGGUUGCCGCGCGGCGGUGUGCAAGCACCUUAAGUUAGUUUUACGGCUUCAAACUGAAAAGCAUGUGGAAGGGAUCUCCAACACAGUGUUUAGAAGUGGCAGCAACUAUUAAUUUAGCCCUGGGAUUUAUCAACUGCAGGCGAGUCGACGCGCCCCCGAACGCGUCUGAACAACGAUAUUCUCACAAACACACAGAUUCUCUAUUGGAACAAUUAGGAGUUCAUUGCAGGAGAAGCUGAACUCGACUCUUAAAAUAUUUGAUUUUACCAAAAUUCCUCACAAGCACCAAUGCGGCCAUUGUCUCUUUUCUCAAUGCUUUAUCCCCGGUUAGGCUGUUACAGAUUCAUUAUUUUUCCAGUAUUAUGAUUCUUAUUCUUAUGAACCUAGUUAAAAAUGCAAUAUUAAAGUUGAGCAAGAGAUGACAAUUCAGCAUUUGACAGUAUUAAGAAAAUUCCCUCUGCGAUGUUACACCUUGCUGUGUCAUUCUAAAAGGCUUGACAAGUCCAUCAGGUGAAUGAGGGGACUCCAUACCUACUGUGUUCUCUCUGGCCUGCCUACCACAUGUAUGAUAAUGUAAUUAACAGCAUUGUUACAGGUUUAUAAUGUAUUUUUCUAAAAACUCAUUUUAUAUGUAUAUUAAUCAUUUUUUUGAUGAAAUACACUGCAAUGAUUAUUCUUCAUUUCUUUAUAAAGCCCUUCCUCCCCCCCCCCCCCCUCUCUAGAUCUUUGAACAAUUGUCUCUCUUUGGAGAGUAUUGCCUUUCCUGGUUAUAUUUUGUUUGAAUUUUCUUGCCAGUUUCUAGCUUGUUUAAUUCAUUAGCGACUAUUUGUUUUUUUUCUUGUCAUAAGUAUUUUACAUGCUUGCGUUUAGUUUCCAUGGUGUAUGCUGUUGUUUUUCUUAUUAACCUCUUGCCAUUUUAUUUUAAUAAAACAUUCUCAGUAAGAAUUUUA